CUCUCUUAUUCCCGAUCGUGCAACACCCGCCGCUCGUUUCGCCAUGCCAUGAUGCACAAGCCCUGACAGCAAACGAGACGCCGCACGACGGUGCACCAUGGAUCCAGAGGCGCGGCCCAAGCCCGAGCCGCGCGACGAUGCGUCGUCGCCGGCGCCGCCCAGGAAGAAGCAGAAGCGCAACAAGCCGACGCUGAGCUGCGAGGAAUGCGUCGAGCGCAAGACCAAGUGCGACCGUGGGAGGCCUGUUUGUCUUGCGUGCAUGAAGCGCCAGUCACCCUGCAAGUAUUCCGAAGUCGCAAAUCUCAUCGCGACUACAGACGGCUCUGCGCGCCAUGCUGGGCGCGCGAAGAGGGCAAUGAGCAAUAAACCAGUCCCGGCCCUUGGCAUCGAUACGCAAGCGCUGCCCAUCCAGUUUCCUGCCCACACCCAUACCCCUGGGUCCCACACUGUUCCUCCCACGCCCGCGCCAAGAUCCCAGUACCGCAGUGUCUCGCUAUCGUCCACGGGCUCCUCGCCCUUCCUGCUCUCCAACAUCCCCUUCUCUAACCACACGGCCUCUCCCUUCUUUGGGCUCGGCUCUGACCAUCCCUUCGCCAACUACUGGACCAGCCGGGGAGGACUAGCUGAAGUGAUUGGUGUCUUGCCAGCCAAAGACCAGGCCGACAUCCUGGUCGCAAAGUACUUCGAUGCCGUCGACCCUGUCUAUCCGAUGGUCCACCGUCGGAACUUCUAUGCCGACUAUGACCGCUUCUGGUCGCUGCCUCACGCUGAGAAGCAGACUGCUGACCCUGUGCUUCUCGCUCUCCACUUCGUCGUAUAUGCCAUGGCGACCCAAUUCAUAGGCCCACCCACGGAUCACAAGCGCUCCGAGAUCGCCGAGUUUUAUGUGUCUGCCUCCCAACAAGCACUGCGGCUGUCUUCGUAUCUGAGUCGGACCUCUGUCCGAACGCUCCAAGCAAUGGUUCUGAUAUGCUAUUUCCUGAUGAACGACAACCAUGCUUCAGAUGCGUGGGCCUUUGGCGGUGUCCUCAUACGACAGUCCUAUGCCAUGGGCCUCCACCGCGACCCGGAUAUUAUCGCCCCGAGAUGCUCACUGAGCGAUAAGCAGCAGCGGAGAAAACUGUGGCAAGCUGUAUUCUUCCAAGAUACAUUUCUAACGGUCUUGCUCAAGCUUCCUCCCACGGCCACUUUCUCCGAUGUGCGUGUUGAGUCGCUCACGGAUGAGCUAGGUGACUACUUGCCGACUAUCAACGGAUCAGCUACGAAUGGCACAUCCGUGAACCCCAUGAGUAUCAGUAACAUCGCCCAAGUAACCGAUAUCUUCCCCACCUACGAGCUGCAGGACCGACAGUACAUCCGCUCCAUGUGGCACAUGGCGAACCUCGUCCAACGCACCGUGUGCAAUCCUCGCUCCCUCGGAAGUCCCAUCAUUAGGUCUCCUCAAGAGAAGAUAGACCUCGUCAACGAAUACCAUCAACUUCUGAACUCGUUCCCUCCUCUUCUAACGACCUCUGAAGAUAGCGCGAUUCAAGACUUAGCGAGCAACUUACGUCUCUUGCGGCAAAAUUUGUUCCUCAGAAGUAAUUACUGGCAUUGCGUCAUGGUAAUUCAAGCCGACGAGUACGAAGCUGGUGGCGUAUCGUGUGACAUCCGCGGCGCGCUGGAAUCUGCACGAAAGGCACUGCUCGCGUUUUUCCACUUUUGGGAGUACCUUCGCAUCGAUGCGGGUGUGUGGUGGGUGUUCCAACAUCGUGCGUUUGAAGAAGCUCUACUCAUGGCACGCAUGCUCAGUGCGCAAGAGAAGGCCCUUUCAGUCGAAGACACGGGCAUAAGCCCCGCCAGUGACCCCCUGCUCAGUGCGGCCCGAGACGACUCCAAGCAUUGCCUGGCCAUCCUAGAUAUGGUCAGCGACCCAGAAGUGCAGAAGACCAGAACGGACGUGUUGCGAACAGCGUUGGCGGAUAUUAAUUGGUGAUAUGAGAAGGGCUUGUGUACGCGAGUUUUAGCUCGUUUUCCAUGUACAGUUCAGCGCGGAGUUGGUGGAUUGGUGUCGGGGUAUAUGCGAAGAGGACAUGUACGUUAUAGUGGGUGCUAAUGUUAUCGAU